CAUGGGUGCCAGGGGGAGGGGUCUCUGGGGGCCAUUUUCAAGGCCGCCUACCACACUGGUGCCCUGGGGACUAGGCCACCCCCAAACUCUUCCAGAGUUCCGGGUGUUCAUCACCCCAGGCUGGGGACACCCUGAGCCAGCACCGUCGCUUCCUGGAGGGGUGAGUGUUUCUCCCGGGGAACCUGUGCGCUCCAUGUUGCCACACGAAGUGACCAAGGACCGGCCGCUUUCCUGGUCUCCUUCCCCAGCCCAGGCUCCUCCCGGGGCUCUCCCUCAGCUGCACCCAUAUGGCUGCCCCACCGACCCCGGUCCAGCUCCCAGGGUCCGUGGUGGAUGCAGGCGCCGGGGCAGGCUGCCCUGGGUUGAGUCUGGAUGUUGGGUGGGAAGGCUCAGCGGCCUGCUGGGGUGGGGAGACAGGCAGGCGGGGGUUCCCCCUCCCAGAGCCCAGAGGCAGGAGGUGCAUCUGAGGCAGCCUUUGCACUCCAUCAGGGGGCAGGCUGCAGGCGGGCCGUCAGCCCCAGAGCCUGGGGAAGCCAGGAGUGACACAGCCCCAAGGUGGGAGAGCCCUGGUGUGCCUGCGGAGCCCACACCUGGUUGCUUACAAGAGCUGGGUCCCACCACCCGCAGCAGCUUUGGGGAACCAGGAAACUCAGAGUUCAAGAACCGCGUCCUGGAGGAAGAGAGGGGCCAAGCCGAGCCCACAACCCACAGGCCCCUUCCCCCACCGUCUGGAAGCCCACAGGGAAGAAAGAUCCCUCAGGAGGUCACGGGGCCCUCAGGCCUGCCCAAAUACCAAGAUUCUGCCGAGGGGCUCGGCUGGAGCUUGAACCAGGACAGGACAGAACUUCAGAAACUUCUGGGGAUUGAGAUCCCUCAGAGUCAGAGAGAGGAGACCCCUCAGGGUCUGGGAGAGGAGGCCCCCCAGGGGGAGAACAAAGAAGCUCCUCCAACUCAGACAGAGAAGGCCAACCAGGGUCAGAGUGGCGAGGCCCCUCAGGCUCUGGGACAAGAGGUCUCUGGGGGUCUGGGGUGGGAGACCCCUCAGGGAGAGGAAAAAGAUGCUCUUCAAGAUCCAAAAGGAAAUUGCCCCAAGUGCCCGAGAAAGGAGACCCCCCAGAGCCAGGAAGUGAAGGACCUUCCCUCCGCUGGAGGCAGGGGCUGGAUCUCACAAGCCUGGGGGGUGGCUCAGGGAGAGGUGCCUACACCACCCAGGGAGGAAGGCGGCUCCUGGGGAACGCGGGGGGACUUCUGCGAGUCUCUGGGAGAACAGAUAUCGCAGUCCGGGAGAAGGGAGGGCCCGGGCCCCGGGGGAAGGGACGUCCAGCUGACACGGGACAAGACCCACGGCCAGAGACAAGGUAAGGCCCUGGCCGUGGGAGAGCAGCGGGCCGGCCAAGAGGGGGCGCUGGCUCCCCUUCAGCUACAGAGGCCCCUGGCCCAGCCGCAGCUCUCAAGCGCAGGAGCUGUGAUGCUAUCGGCCCUGAGUACCCCGGACUCUGAGCAGCAGGAGCGUCCUACAGCUCUCCCAGGGCACCCAGGGCUGGUGCGCAAUCGAUACGGGCGGCAGGACCCGGGAGGGGGCCCAGGUUCCGCGGAGCAGCAGAUGGGCGAGGCGAAGGGGCCGGGGACGGACGGCUCCGAGAGGUUCCCGGGCCCCCUUGAAGAGCGGUGGGGCGCUGCCGAGGGCCCCAAGGCUCCGAAGGCCGCGUGGCCGGGGCCCCCGGGCAAGGAAAAGGCCUCGGCGGGCCUGAGUGCGGCGCAGCUGAAGACGGCCCUGCAGCGGCUGCUGGAGUUGCAGGGAGCGGCCAGGCGCCGGCGGUGGCAGGACCGUGAGCAGCAGCGGCUCCGGGUCCUGGACCGCCUUCGCAUCGCCAGGAACCGUCUCUGCCGGGUGCACCCCCUGGGGCCCCCACCCAGCCCAGCUCACAUCCAGCCACAGGACAUGGAGGGGCAGCAGCACGCUCUGCGGGAGCAGCUGGAACAGGUGCACCGGGAGAGGACGGGGAGGCUGUGGGCCCUCGGAGCCAGGAACACCCAGAACUUCCAGCAGCUCCUGUGCCCGCCUGGCGCUGAGGAGCCUGCACCUGGAAAAUAGUGCUCAUCCUUCCCAGUCUCUAACCGCUGCUGAAUCUUCAAACGGAUGAUUAAUGAGGAUGAUUAAUGAGGUGGGGGUUAAGGGCAAACAAGAGGGCAACCUGCGGGUCGAAGGUAGUUUCAAAAAGGCUCAUGCCCUGGCUGGUGUGGCUCAGUGGACUGAGCGCCCACCUGCCUGUAAACCCAACGGCCGGGGCCUGUGGAUUCCUGGCUUGCAGGCCAGGUCCUCCGUUGGGGGCACAUGAG